UUGCGCACCGAGCUUUCUCUUUCUUUAUCCCCUUCCUGAUGUAGUGCUUCCGCCUCGCCACAAGAAGCCAGGACGUUGCACGUUAUCUGCCGUCGACGGCGCAGAAGUUUCCUCUGAUGUUUAUUUAUUUCAUAAUCUCUAUCCAUGAUACAAUUUUCAUCACGUUUCUUCUACCUGAGGUGCGAUCCCUCUUCCUCUUCCUCCUCUUCCUCUCUCCCCGGACCAUGUCGCCGCCCCGAGCAGCUUUCUCCUGAGGGCACCUCUGCUUCUUCCCCGAUGCCGAUUCUUCUCACGUGGAGGUUUUAUUAAAUUGCCCCCCCAAAAAAAAACAAAACCCCGACAGAAAUAAAACUUCCCUCUCCGGCCGCAGAGAGGACGCGUGAAAACAUGUCUUCUCCUCGCCUGUCGCCGAGCGGUGAGCAGCCACGUCUCCCAGCUCGGGCUCCUUCUCCUCCAGAAAUCUUUCAUAAAGUGUCCCUCACCUCCAGCCAAUACACCCAAGAAAUACUUGCAAUCUUGCAGGAGGCGUACUUAGACUCUUCUUCAGGGAGUUACUUUCAGUACAACCAAGUGACCUUAGUGAAUAAUGUGAGCCUUCUAGAAAAGCUCAAAGGUUGUCGGCUGGAUCUGGAGGGGAAAGGAUAUAGUAAGGAGGAACUUGCUGAGUCCUUCGCCUUCUUACUGUUUGAAACAGAAGACAAGGCAAAAACUGUCUGUCAAAAUGGAUUGAAGGUCGGGAACAGUGACAUUACAACUCUAGGAGAUCCACUGAAGGGAGUAUAUCUUUGUAAGUACUCAGACUUCCUUCAUCCUACACCGUGGUACCAUGGGAAGUGCGGCUAUAUUCUCAUUUUUAAAAUAAUUAAGGGUAGAGUGAAGUCUAUGAUUGAAAAUUACACAGCAGAUUUGACCGGGCCAUCUGCUAGCUACAACUGCCAUGUUUCUGCCAACAGUAACACAGUCUCUUCCAUAACCAGCCAUUUUCAAGCCUUUGAACUGACACAGUAUUACUUGUAUGAGUUUGGACAGUGUGAUGUUCUCCAGUACCCUAGACAGAUUUAUCCUUACGCUGUUGUAGCAUUUCAGUACUGUGACAACAAGUGCAUGAUGUCAAAGUCAACAGAGAUUGAGUUUCUUGUUCCAGAAAUUCAAGCCGUGUACCAUCCUUGGAAAGGACAGCUUAUCAACAAAGGCAAAGUGAUCAAUGUUGCUCUAAAGUCAAAUGGCAGUCCAUUGAUGCCAGUCGUUUUACCGGUAAAGCUUGAAAUUGAAUAUGUUAUGAGCAUUGGUGAGCUGAAAGGCAAAUUGCCGCAGGCAGUUUUUCAAAGAGAAUAUUACGGACUUAAAGAAGUUUGUUUGGAAGGUUUAUACUGCAGCUGGUAUGAGCUGGUGGAGUACAGGGAGAGAGGAGAGAGCCCUCAGCUGGUUCCUUUGGUGGAUGAAAUGAAGAAAAAGAACCUGGCAAUUGUAAAGUGCCUGCCUGAUCAGGGACUACUCAUACUGUUCAGCGCUUCUGAUUCCUGUUUCACCGGUGGAAGCGGCCAGACUACCCACAAUGUGUUACAAGCUGUGUUCAUUUUCAAAGCAGCCAGAAUUUCUCACCUCAAAGAAAUGAAUCAGGUAGCCCGCACACUUUGCCAGAAUAGGAUAACUCUGCUUCUUCCUGGCAUUAGCUACGCUGUGAUGAAAGGUCUGAAAUCCACUGACGCUCAGGCAACUCCACGCAACAAAUUGGUCGAAGAUCACCUCGUUGAAUAUUUCAAAAUGACUCCAGAGGAGCAGUCCAUGAGUUCCAAAGGUGUCACCACAGACAAUGACCCUCCAGCUGCCACUGGUGCUGCACCAAACAAAGGAGUGCCACCUAUUCCUGGAGAUUACCAGAGAACAAGAAUCUCCCAACUUUCUCCUUAUUUUGCUGAUCCUGCAAGCUACACACUUGCCACAUCAACAGUCCUGAAACUUCAGGGGAACUCUCUCAACUUGUGCCAAGACUCCGGUGCCAAGCGUAAGGACUUGUCCCAUCCUCCUGCUUCCAAACCAAAGCCCCCUAAGGCCGCAUUCCCACGGAACAAAAGGAUUCCAAGAUCCAGAAAGGCUCAAGGAAAAGAUGCUGGGCCUGUGGCGAGCACGUCUCCUUGCUGUGGAACGACGAGUAGAUCCACAGCACAGAGCCAAACAGACGGAGAACCAGGCAAGACUGUGGGAAGAGCUAACCCAAUCAGCAAACCAGUUGCCUGUAAGGCAAUUAGCAGAGGCGCCAUCAAAGUGAAAAGGAAGGCAGCUAAACCUUUGCUCGCCGGCACAUCGAAUAAACCGGGUGCCAAAACUGAGACGGUGGGAGGCUCCACCUCUGCGGCUGACAGCGAUGUCCCCAGCAGCGAGGCAGCCAGUGCCGCUUUAGUGAGCCUGAGAUAUUCCACAAGGUCACAGUCUGCUCACAAUAUUAAAAGGACCCUGGGGCGGUCAGGGAAAGGCUCCCCCACGGAACCACCCGCCCCGCCGGGAGUGACCAAGAAGAACCUGAAAGCCGCCGGAGUGCCCUCUCAAACCGAUUCGAAACAAGCCCCUGCAGCAAGAAAAGCAGUUGGCACCUGCAGGGGCACAGCGAAGCCUGGGUUGGGAGAGCUGUCCAAACAAUAUACUGAAACUGUUUGCGUUGCAGGAAUAAACACGGAGCAGGUUUCGAGGUACGGUGUCUGUACCUGGAACAUUGUGGAAAACGCCUCUGAACAUGAACCUGCCUCCCUGCAGCCUCUGUCCUCGGGCACUGAGUCAAACCUGUUGUGCGAAAAGAAAACCCUGGAGGUAGCAGGCUGGGCACCACAGGAAGGCAUUGAUACCAAUGAGGGAGAAACGGAUGCACUAAAUAUUCUCGCUGAUCUUGCAAUUAAUGCAGCUAUCACAGCAGUGCUAAAAUCUAAACAGCAGUGCAUCUUGACGGUGCACCAGUCACCAGAGAUGUGUGCUACCAACAAGGCUACUUCUGUUGGGAGCAACGAGCAAUUAAACUAUUGUCCCAAUUUGCUUGACAACCACAGUGAUUGUUUGCCUCACACAGAGUUAAGGGUACAAAACAUCUCACCAUUUGUAGCUGAAAGCCACCAAGACGGAAGUAGAGAAUUCUCUGAAAACCAGCUGCCCCACUCUACAGCACCUCUGAGUUUAGAAUGUCCUCCUUGUGUACCCUCGGUUUUACCUAACUGCGAAACCUCGCAGGUACACAAUUCUCAGACUCGUGUAGCCAAGGAGCUGGCUCGCCGAUCUUUAGCUUCGUCUCGCAGUUCUCACCCGUUGGGAGACCAUUCAUAUUCUCGGCCACCGAGCAAUAGAGAACCCUUGUGUUUAGCUGUAGCUAACCCUGUGCCGUCUGAGAAGGAGUUUGUGGUGUGUCAGUAUACGUCGCUGUACACGGAAAGCGAGAAAGAAUUCUCAGCUGCAUCGGACUUGCAAAACACAACCCAUGCUUCACCGGUACAGUCUGAGGUUGUCUCCAAGGAUGAGGAGAGAACGCUAGUUGGAAGAGUGCUACCGUUCAGACGUGAAGACACAUGUUGGGCAAACGUUACAAAUUCCAUGCCAACUCCACAGAAGAAUAAUGGUGCAAUGGGAAAAUAUGGUCAGAUAGCUGAUUACACUUCUGUUGAUUCAGCGCAAAGCAGGUUUGAUGAAGUGUUCCGAUGUUCUCGCACCGUACAUGAGGAAAAGGACACUGUGAAGGUGACAUUCGAAUGGAAAGGACCAUACUUGUUCCAGUGGGACAGCAAAUAUACGAACGACUCACUGGAGAAAUCUGUGAAUCGGGCUCUACAUGGACCGUGGGAUCCGACUAUCUCAGAGACCAUGAAGGAAGUGAAGCUUAUUCUUCACAUGUGGAUUGGGCUUUUUUAUACCAAAUCCAGCAUGAUGCUGCAGACCUCGAUGAGGCAGGUACAGGAAUGCUGUGAGACUCCAGAACCUGCUGCAGGAGAUUUACACAAAGAACUGGCUGGAAUUGGAGAGCCUGCUUUUAGUGAAAGUGGCUCUGAAUCAGCAGCUUCGGAAAAGCAGCAGAUGGCAGGAGUAAUCAUUUCAUCUGUAAUUAAGAGGAUUGAGAAGAAAUCAAAUCUUGUCACUUCCUGGGACAGCGAUGCACCUUUUUAUCGAGAAACACUCCCUUGUGUCAGCUCUCAACAAGAGGAAGAAUAUCCCCAAGGCAGUGACAGCAGUAUCAAUGCUGAUAAUACACAGGGCCCAGAAGCACCAAGUCCUCAUGAUGGUCUAACACACACUGCACACAUCUCUGCUGGGGAGGAAGCCACAAAUGACUUACAAGCUGCUAGACUAGAGCAUGAGAGCCAAGAGCCCAAUUUGUAUCAGAGUUUGACUCCAUUAUCAGGUGAAAGAAGUGCGACUGACUUUAUCCAAUACAACGGUGUCCAGGAUACGAUGGCUGGAUUUUUGGCAGAAAGAGACCUUGUGGGUCCAAGUCAAACAGACAACAGAGAGGUGACUUCUGUUAUAAAACAAACUGAAAGUAUUCAGCAGCAUACACAAGAUGAGCCUGAAGUACUGGAGAGCCCGAAUCCCUCAGCGCAGCCUUCAACAUGCCCAGUUUCUGUUACAGAGGAGCCAAGAAGUGUGGAUGAUGUAGAUGAGCCUGUGAUUGAAAGUGGCGAAUUAGGGAUCAUUCGACAGUCUUCGGUUAUCAAAGAGGUGCUUGGUAUUCAGUUGCCAGCAGAGGAGCCAUCUCAGAGUCAAGGAACCAUGAGCUCAAGCAAUUUGGGUGCUUCAGGGAGCGGUCAAAAGCUAAAUAAAUCCAGUGAAAACGGACUUCAGACCAAGCGGUUCAAUAAUCUCACGGCUUCAGAGGGCAUUGAAAAUACAACGUGCACAGAAGACUUGGGAACCAUCAAAAACACACUUGCAACUGUGUCACAGGACAAAUUUGGUGGAGUAAACCAUAGUGAUGCUGCUUCGCAAAGCUUUCCUUUUACAAAGGAUGUAUCGAGUCAUAUUAACACUAUAGGCACUUCUGAAUCUUCCAAUGUCAUUAUGCACAACUGUAGCAGGACUUUGGUUUCCAGCAAUCCUUUGGACAACACACCUGGGCCAUUGGUGAAGGGAAGCACUUGCUCUUAUGUUGAAUGUUGUACUGAUGUACAGCUGCUCAAUAAUGAUACAGAAGCACAAAGGGAUAGAAUAAGUGUUAGAAAGUUGCAGGGAGAGGGGGGGAUUACAAGUGAUUCCGAUCCUGAAUUUCCAGGCAGCUUGAAAUGCGUGUCCUCAGGUGAUGAAUGUAGAAGCCAGAUAAAACCUCAAGCCAUCCUUCGUCAAAACUCUGUGGAAAUCCUGAGUGCUGAGCAUACGCAGAAGGAAUUUGAAACAAUGAAUCAGUGCAAGGACUGUAACACAGCAUCCGAAAGAUCUGAUUGUAACUGCACGGUUUCCAAAGAAUCUGCUUUUACCUUUCGACACUCUUUAGAAGGUUCAGAUAUUGAAAUUCAGAAGGGUGCUAGAGAUUUUUCCGAAAGCAAAAAGAUGCCCAGGAUGGGUCUGAGUGCAAGCAGCCAGAAAAGGAAAAGAAAGAGGAAAGUGUACAGAGAGAUAGUGCAGUGCUUUUCUGAUACAGAUUCAGAAUAUGGAGAUUUCAGAGAGCAAUGGGACACCAGAGAUGGGCAUCUGCAGAUGAGAACUAUUGACAGGAAUUGUCCACCACAUGUCUUUGAAGAAAACAACAUUGCAGAAGAGAUGAGUGACUUUGAUGCCCCUGUGCUUCCAGUUAUUAAAAUCCCAGAUCCUUUUGGAAAACCAAAAAUCUACCAAAACUUUACUGUCACUGCAGAGGUGCAACAGAAACCGGAUAGGCAUUCAACGUGUGAAAGAAUCACCAGGACCUUUUGUAAUUGGCCGAAGGAAAGCAAUGCACCUCAACUCUUAGGACAGUGGAACUCGCGUGCAAGGUCUCGGAGCAAUAUCAAUCCGACUGAGAAAAUUAUGAACUUGGAGUAUAUCCGUUUUUCUCAGCACCUUCACAAUCUGGUGAAUAGAGCACGUGCUGCCCCAUACCCAAGCCUCUUCUCAUCUUCCAGGGAAACAGCCUUGAGGAGGAGGAGGAAUAUCCAAGCAGUUUCCGGUGGGAGAUUAAUUGGGGGGAGAAACCCAUUGACAGUGACGAUAUCAUGCCGGAAGGUUGACCAAAGUAGUGGGAGACGCUUGCGUAAUGAAAGUCAAAUAGCUCCUUGGACUAAUGCAGAAGAUGAGACCUGGCAACAAGGGGACGUUGCAUUUUACAAACCUAAAAGUUUCCAGACAAGUUUCAAGAAUAAUCGCAAGAGGCCGCGCAGUCAAACUCACGCCAUGAGUCGCAAUGCUAUUGAGCCUGUGGAUAGGACGCCAAGUAAAUCCCACUCCACUGGGGAGAAAGGGUCUUUGUUUGCUGAUGAGCUGUUAAAUGUAAAGCGUAAGAGAUAUAAAGAGCUUCAGGGUGAUGGGAGGAAAAGAAUUGAUCCAUUUUUGUGCCUAAUAACUGAGCUGUACAGCGACUUGCACCAGAAUUUGAAUGAAGUUGUAAAGGAAUCGUGGAAAGGCACUUAUAAGUUUUAUGUCAGUGAAACAAAUUCUGAUCCAUUUUUUAAGGAAAUUAAGGAAUUUCUAAAGAACGAAGGUCAUGUGGAGAUUGGACCAUUGGGCCUUUCAAUGCUACAGCCACGUCAUCCUGGCAAAGUACUUGUUAUUAUUAGAAACGAAGACAUAUCAGCACACUUGCACCAGAUCCCUCAUUUAAUGGCACUGAAACAGAUGCCAUGUGUUCAGUUUGCUGGCGUGGAUAGUCCAGGGGACAUAAAAGACCAGACAUUCCAGGAGUUAUUUAGCUCAGGAGGCAUUAUUGUUUCUGACGGGACAGUGCUGGACAAUAUGACCCCAGAACAUUUGCAACAGAUUUCAGCCAUCUUGGAGCAGCUGAGUGCAGAGCGUAAAUGGAAGUGGAUGAUUCAUUUCAAAGAACUCAAAAAAUUAAAGAAAACAGCAAGAGAAGACAAUAUCGCAAAGAGAAAGAUUUCUCUACUGACUCGAAAGAUUGCAGCAAACGUUGUGGAAGUCCUCCCUUUCCAUGAGUGUGAUUCUGGCCAGGAGAAGCCCGACCAUCUCAGUUGUCUUAUGAAGCUACAGGUUCAGAAAAUAAGUUCCAGGUUUUUAGUAUUUCUCACAGGGAGACCUGAGAACCAAGAAGUUUUUGCACAAAGUGGAAUCCUUGUUACGGAUAUAAAUAGUUUUACUAAAAGUUUGAGAAUGCUAACCACUCCCAUACAAAGCACUUUGGCCACAAGAAAUGCACGUCUGGCUGAAGGAGGUCACUCCUCAGAGACCCAGUUGGAGUCGUCCUUCGGGAAAAAUACAGGAACCCAGAAUUCGCCGAUGCCUCCCAUCUUGUUCUGAAUAUGAUCUGUGCAUGCAAAAUGAAGCUCAAAAUAUCUAUCCAUCUUCAUUAAGUCAUGUUAACUCAACAUGGCAUGACUAAGGUAAACCUAUGCAAUCAAGAGGAUCAGAGUGUGAUUUUUGCAUUUGGAAGAGAGUGCAACAGAAUGCCUCUGUAUGUUUUUCCCUUAUUGUGUCCACAGUAGUUUUUCUGCAUCUUAUUUCUUUUCCUUGUGUGUUGCCACGAGUGAAUUCUAUUUCAAAGCCUCUGUUUGAUUUUGGCAAACUCUUGGCUGGAAAACUUGAUCUGAUAUUCUGGCUGACAGCAAACCGCAAAUCUUUUUCAGUGUAGCCAUGAGGCUUCCUAUUUUUCAAUGUCUGUUGACUUGCCUUCAUGUCCAACCUUCGUAUACUAUUGAUUUCCUAUUAGGCCAGUGAGCGGAGAGGGGGGUGAUGGGGCAAUCCUGCAGUGCCUUCCGAUGUUCAAAGCUUACCGAAUAUUUUUAACCACUGAUGGUAGGAAGCUCUUGCAGAUGCUCACCGAACCCCUUUUCUCCACUAAGCAGUAUUUUGAGCAGUUGUAAACCCAUCAAGGUUACAGACCUCAACAGCACUAAUUUUGUGUUCAGCCACAUGCAAAGAGCCCUUAGAAGAACUGAAGGUGACUUGUGGUUUUGGAUUCAGACAGGAUUUGCCUAAAAAGGUACAGGUAUCCUCCAAUUUACCUGGUUGUAAUAUCCUGGUUUGCUGAUAUUUUGUGAAAUAUAAUCUUCAUCUGAGGAAAUCAGUCGAAACCUAAUGGGGAGUCAUCUACCUCUUGUCCACUAAAGCAUUAGAAAAUAGUUUAAGUUGUUGAAACAUAUCAUUUAGCAAAAUAUGUAUUGGUUUGAGUCAGUAUUCAAUGCUGUUUUUAAAUUUUCCGUGCAUUAAGCACAAUUCUCUCAGCUAACAGGUGAACUCCAUGAGUUCAAUUUCCUUCCUUGUUACUCCUCUUCGACAAUGUAAUAACAAAAAGUUAAAACACAAACUGAAUGGAAAUCACUUAACACAGAAACCUGCUUCAGAUUUCUUGGGUGAUAGUUAGAAACACUUUUGCGAAUAGAAAAUGCAUUAAUGAUUAUAGUUACUUGUCACGGAACUGUCAAAGCUGUCAUAUUUGAUCAGUUUUCAUUUUUUAUGGAUCAAAAUGUACUUUUAAAGUCACAUUCAGACUAAAAUUAACUUUGUCAAUUAAAUAGAAUUGAAGUGUACUAUAUUUUUGUAUUUAUUUGUAAACAUGUUUAUAUUUAAUCAGUCUUAAAAUAAAGAUUAUUUGUAAUUCAAAAAUAGAAAUGCUACAUUUGACACAAUUUUUGUUAAAAUAAAACACUAUUAAAAUUU